AUGGAGAGCCCAAGACCCUCCACCGCCUACCUCAUCGUAGCCAUCAUCAUGGCCGUCCUCAUCUUUCUCAACGUCCUCAUCGGCAUCGCCUUCCUGCUCAUCCCCAAGGACUGCACCCGCUGCCGCCCCGAGAACCAGCAACCCGCGCGCCGCAACCCGUUCAACAUCGCUCAAGGAUACAGUCUUCGCUCCAUCUUCGUCUCUGGCUCGCACGGUCGUCGUGUUGCCUUCAUCAACGGCUUUGUUGAGGUGGACGAUGACUUUGAUGCUUGGGCGUACUGGGCGACGGACUCGGAGGAGACGCUCAGGGGAAUUCCUAUCCACUCUCUGCCUCAGACGCAGGUUCAAGCUCAGGCUCAGGCUCAGAACCAGUAUGGACUUCAUGGUGAUGCGGGCGUGGUCAGUACUAGGCCUUCUGCUACCGAGUAUGGCUACCAGCACCACAAUGAACGUAUGGAGAUACCUCGCGACGGCACUGUUGCCAGGAUCCCAGCUCACCGAACAGACGGUGGUUUCGCUUUCACUGAAUACGAAUUUGAGCAACCUAUGCAGUACGCCACCGAUCCAGCUGUGUCGCGUCAUUCCCACCCUCUCGCUCAAGGCAACGAGGUCGAUUUUGGCCCGCACUCGCAGUCACCCGCCCCCACUGUGAGAACUUGGGGAAGAGACAGCGAUGCUACCAUUCGUGCGGUGGUGGAGAAUCCCAGACGGGAUGUUGGUGGCUCGAGGCCCAAGAGCUCCCGUUCUGAGGGACAAGCAUCGAAUGAUGCUGGCCGUCAGGCUUAUUGA